UUGUCACAUGGGUUGUGUUUCCUGCCGGGUUAGGAGUGGUUGAGAAGUUUUAGUCAGAGAGAAGUUGAACAGUUAUUUAUGAAGUCCUCAAAAAACGAAGGGUGCCAAACUACAUCUGCAUUGGCCUGAAAAUAUGGAAAUUCCUGCCAUAAGCCUCAAGGCCAUAGUACUAGUGCACUGGCUACUGACCGUCUGGGGCUGCAUGGCCUGGCUGCCGUCCUCCUAUGCCUGGGGUAACUUCAGUGUCCUGGCUGUGGGCGUGUGGGCCAUCGCUCAGAGGGACUCCAUUGAUGCUGUACUUAUGUUUCUGAUUGGGAUUGCAGUGACGAUACUGACAGACAUUAUCCAUUUUGGGAUCAACUACCCGCUCAUUGAGGGUCUAUCUGAGAGGAACCGGGACACAUUCCGCUUCAGUGCGGGCAUGGCCAUCCUGGGCCUGCUACUCAAACCUGUCUCCUGCUUCUUCAUCUACCAAAUGUACAGAGAGCGCGGAGGAGAUUACAACGUCAACUUUGCAGGCGUCCCCAGUGUAACACAAAACAGAGAUGCGUACCAGUCCAUUGACCAGCAGGACCAGACCACCAGCUCAGCCAACCCCUAAAAGCCUGAAGCAGCAAACUCCUACUGAGAGACAGCACAGCACAGCACAGCACUCACUUUAUUCUCUUGGAAAUGCAUGGUUUCAUGAAGGAAUCCAUAACAUCCCUAAUGUUUUUGGUAAAUUAUGUGUUUUUUCAAAGCCAAUUCAGUCUUCUUUUCAUAUGGGUAUCUGUCCUUUGUCUGUUAUUCUGUGCUUCAUUCAAUUCCUUACCAAUAAUGUCCUGAUCUAAAUACUCACUGUCAUGGUAAAAUAAUAGGACAUGUAUGCUUGAUGCUCUGGGUAAUGUCACACACUGGCAUAUGGAGAUAACUCCUGAGUGGCGCAGUGGUCUAAGGCACUGC